AUGUCGAACCGAACCAGCAGUGACUACGUAGGGGAGUCCUUCGAUGAUGCCCCCGAAGUCCCCGACCAUUUGAAUGUCUCCAUACCCAAAUCCACCUCGACCCGGUCAUUGACCGACAGCCCGCCCGUGGGCACAGGAGCUUCCCCCGACACCACCGAUAAGCCGUCGUUCCCUUCUGAAUCGCAGGACGAGCAGGAGGACGAGGCUACCGAUGGAGAUGAAUCGAAGGGAAAGAAGAAAUAUAAAAAGAAGGGCAAGCAGAAGGGGAAGCAGAAUGCGGAUGAGGCCGAGGGCCGGGUCGAUGCCGUUGACACGCCUGUAGAGGACAUAAAGCUUGAGGACGCAGUCGAGACGAGAGAGGACGACAAGCAGGAUCAGCGGGCAACACCGGUGGAAAGUGAAGAGACAGGCGAAGAUGAGGAGACCCUAGGGCGAAACAUGGCGCAGAAAUCCCCCUUGCUCACCUCGCAUCGUCUCUCUACUGCAUCUUCGCUGGACGAGGUGAACCUGAUGAACAGCAAGGAGGAUGAGCCACUGGGCCAUCGGGAUGGAACCACUGAGGUCAAGUCAGAGUCGCCUCCGGUGCCUCCUAAAGACGAUGUGGCAUCUCCACCGAGCUCUGGCCUGAAAGGCUUGUCUGGAAACCUGCCCUCCGUGCCAUGGGGCCCUCCCCCAGUCAACAAGGCCCCGGUUCCUGCAGCACCGCCACCGCCAACCCGCAGACCCAGCGGUCCCUUCGCAUGGUUCUCCCGCAGCUCGACCGGCACUAAGGACAUCAAGUCCCCGCCUCAAACUGGCCGAAGGAACACCUCCACAUCCGUAUCGACCAUUGCCAGCAACUUGGAUCUGGUGGAAGGAGACGCCUCGAGCGUGCACUCCAAACGGCUAAGACGCAAUAGCUUGAAGGACCAAUUUAAGAUUCUACGAAUGAGGGAGGAGUCCGCCCUCCCUGAGGACGACGAAGGCAGUGUACGGUCAGGUCAUGCGAGCAUCGGUCACCCUGGUGCUAGUCCUCCAAUCAUCCCCGAAGAAAGCGAAGAUGGGAUCUUGGCCGCUCCGGCGGCCCCCGCGUCUCGAGCAACCUCCCCUGGUGGUGCCAGCCCAUCCACGAUCAACCCCGGGCUCGCUCCCGGCACCGUGUCUGGAUACUCCCGGUCUGCAAGUGACGCAUCUGUGCCCGUGGACUGGGAUCUUUGGCAACAGCUAGUAAACAACGGCCCACAAGCGCUGGCCAGCUCGGAGGAAUUGAAUUCCGCCAUCAAGCGAGGCAUUCCACAGACUAUUCGUGGGGUGAUCUGGCAGAUUCUGGCAGACUGUCGGAUUGGAGAAUUGGAGGAUACAUACCGUGAACUUGUUGUCCGUGGCACCGACAAGGACCAGCGGACACCGAGCGUCCAGAUCAACGGGAUGGCCGAAAAAGAGUCUCUCCCGUCAUCGCGCUCAUCAAUUCGCUCCAAUACCUCGGGCUCCGGGACCCAGUCGACUAGCGUUGCUCCCAGCCCCUCUCAGGAGACGGACCCGGAGAAGCCGGCCAGAGAGCAGGCUGCUAGUGAGAGUGCCCGCCUGAAGAAAGCUAAGGAUGACACUUCUGCCUUGCAGAAGCUGGAGAAGACAAUCCGGCGAGACUUGGGUGCGCGGACGAGCUAUUCGAAAUACUUUAUCUCACAAGGCAGCCAGGAAAGCCUGUUUGGGUUGUGCAAGGCCUACGCUUUGUACGAUGAGGCCGUGGGAUAUGCGCAAGGCAUGAACUUUAUUGUGAUGCCUCUGUUGUUCAACAUGGACGAGGUCGAUGCCUUCGAGCUCCUCGUGAAGCUGAUGAACAAAUAUCGACUCCGGGAAAUGUUUAUUCAGGACAUGCCGGGCCUCCACCGCAGCCUCUACCAGUUCGAGCGCCUGCUAGAAGAUUUGGAGCCCGCUCUCUACUGCCACCUCCGGCGACGGGGGUUCCUCCACAGUUAUACGCUACUCAGUGAAGGCCUGGAAAGCACGAUUCUCAAGUUCGCCAUUGCCAUCAUGCGCCGGAACGCUGGGGCGCUUUUGGAAAUGAAGGACAUGAGUUCGUUGACAAGCUUCCUGAAGGAGCGCCUGUUCGAUGCAUAUAUCGACAAGCAGCCCUCUGCCUCGUCGAUUCUGGAGUCUGGCUUCUUCGGGAGCUCGGGCGCUGCCGACAAGGAAAUCUACCGUGCAGACAUCCUGGUCCAGGACGCUUGUGCGGUGCCCCUUACCCAGGACAUGAUUCUUUCCUACACGACCGAGUGGGAAGAAAAGGUGCGCACCGAGAAAGAGCGUGAGGCGGAGCUGGAGAACCUGCGUCACACUGCGAGCACACAGGCUUCUCGAUUACGACUGCUCGAGGAGCGCUCCGAGGCGUCCGACAAGGAACAUGUGCAGUUGGCGUCGGAACUGGUCCAUGUCAAGGUGGAGAACGAGGAACUACGUGACCUGAACGAUGCGCUCAAGUUUCAGGUUGACGAGCUGAAGAUAGUGGUUGAUAAGCAGCCUGGUGAAGUGGAGCAAAAGCUCCGGACUGAGAUGGACCGCAUCAUGAAGCGGAACAUCGAGGUGCAGAAUGAGAACCGUGCGAUGGAGGACUCGAUGGCUGAGAUGGAAAAGGAGCUGGUGGCUACGAAGAUGAAGUGGGCCGAGUUGUCCGAAAACCACGAGACCCUCCGACAGAAAUGGAGCGACCUCCGCCGAGCGCUCGACUAA